AUGGAUCGUGUUGCUAUUAUAACUCCACGGAAAAAAGCAAGAGCAAGACGAGCAUUGAUUUUGAAAGAAAAUCGUUCAAAACGUCCAAAAUAUUCUACUCACCUUCCAAUUGAUUUUGACACAGACCAUAGUUCUCCAUCUUCAAUUACGCUAAGACCACCUUUAUCCGACUUGACCCCGUCAUUUCAGAACACGAAUUUAAUUUCGCAAACUCCCACCGAAAGUUCAAAACCUAGCCUAUCAAGACAUGCUUUUAAAAGAAAUAGAAAGUGCAGGCAGAUAGACUCACUAGGAAGAAACUUAUUGUCCAAAUUUUCCUCAAAGCCUACAGUUGACACAAAUGAAGGGAUUAAUCUAUCAACCUUGGAAAAUAUACAAGAGCGAUCGCCUUUUAAUCAUAGCAUCAUCAGUGAAGUUGGAAGUUCUUCUAAUACACCGACAUCACUGGCAAUUAAUAGACCUGGUGGAGGCAGGCCUAAAACAAACUUGGGACUUCCCAACCUAGCUCUAAACUUGACCAGCAAGUUUCCUAUCAUAACCCAAAAAAAUGGGAUUCCCUCUUCUAUAGUGACACCAGAAUCGAGCUCAGGAAAAAGGGUGCAAAUUGAGAAUAAUCGGCACCGUAAUUCUGGUAACAAGUCGACACUUACUCAGAGAACAGGCCUGGAUACACAUACACUACAAAUUGAUCAUUCUAUACAGGCGUGCAAGGAGAACUGUCCGUCUUCGGCCGUAACUCAUGAACAGCCAACAGUUAAAAAACCAGUUAGGGGCAGGCCUAGAAAGCGUUUGGGAGUUCCGGACCUCGCGUUCAACUUGAGCAGACAGAUACCGGUCCAGAUUAAUGAACAUCAAAUAGGGCCUUCUAAAGGCACACCCGAUUCUACCUCACAAACCAGGGGACAAAAGACACCUGCUGCCCAUAAUUUGGAGAUCCCUCAACCAAAUGCCCAGCCUUCCUGUAGUGUGGCUACACCAUUAUCUCAGUCCACACAUAAAAACAACCAUCUUCCUGAGCCGGCAUGUCCUAUUUUCACGCCUACUGUCAAUUUGGAUUUUAACACUGAUUCCGAAGAUGAUAGCGAAGACUAUGACCCGUUCGCAGCUUAUCAUUCCGAAGAUGAAAUAUUUGACGAAACUAAAGAGAAUACACCGCCUUUUACAAUUAAUGACAAUUCUGCUGGUACUUCUGAAGAUUAUUACGACAUUGGUUCACCUCUAAUUGAAUGCCGGUAUUGUAAAGCAAUGAUGUGGUAUCAAGAGAGGAUGCACAAAAGUUCUCAUGCAGCUAAUCCGAAGUUUAUGCUCUGUUGUGGAAAUGGGAAAGUUGAACUUCCAUUGCUACAAGAACCUCCAAAUAUACUUGCCCAGCUCUUAUUUGAUCACGAUAACUUUGACAGCAGGAAGUUCCAGCAACAAAUCCGAGUUUAUAAUAUGAUGUUCGCCUUCACAUCACCCGGAGCUAAGUUGGACAACCGUUUUAAAAAUGGACGUGGGCCUCCAACACUUAGGGUACAAGGUAAAACGUGCCAUCGAAUUGGGAGUUUGUUACCUCCUGAAGGUCAAAUGCCAAAGUUUGCUCAAUUGUAUAUUUACGACACCGAGAAUGAGGUCCAAAAUAGAAUGCACGGACUAAGGAACAAAGAAGACUUUGAUGAAGGUAUUGUACAUCAAUUGUCGGAGAUGCUGUAUCGGUGCAAUCCUCAUGCUAAGAGUUUUCAAAUGGCAAGGCAAUGGUUAAAUAAUGAGGAUACGCAAAACUUGAAGUUGAGACUAAUUUCGGAGAGAUCCAAAGAUGGCAGAGUAUACAAUCAACCAACCGUUUCUGAAGUUGCUGCCUUGGUAGUUGGUGAUAUUGACACGGCGGAGAUGAGGGAUAUUAUUAUGCAAACAAGAGGAAGAAGACUUAAGAGAAUCAAUGAGCUUCAUGCCAGUUACAUGGCUUUUCAGUAUCCUUUGAUAUUUCCGUAUGGUGAGGACGGUUAUAGGCCCGAUGUAGCUCAUAGAGACUUGCCGAUAUACGAAAAUAGCGUCAGAAACAGGCUUACAAUUAGAGAAUGGCUUGCAUUUCGCAUUCAGAGCAGGAAGAAUGAAGCGAAGACUUUGUUGUCCUCACGAAGGUUGUUCCAGGAAUUUCUGUGCGAUGGUUACACAAUGUUAGAAUCAGAGAAAUUGGAAUGGCUACGAAAGAAUCAACCAAAGCUUAGGGUAUGCAAGUAUAGUAGACUAAAUGAAGAAGGCGAUCAGAGUCAAACCACAGGGUCAAACAUAGGUAAAAGAGUUGUUUUGCCAUCUUCGUUUGUGGGCGGUCGUCGAUUUAUGGAUCAAUUGUACUACGAUGGGAUGGCUAUUUGUAGUAAAGUUGGGUUUCCUGAUUUGUUCAUUACAUUUACCUGCAAUCCUAACUGGCCUGAGAUUCAAAGAGUUCUUGGUCCACUUCAUUUGAAACCACAAGAUCGACCGGACAUCAUAUCAAGAAUAUUCAAAAUCAAGUUUGAUCAAUUGCUAGCCGAUUUAACCAAGAAAGGUGUACUAGGAAAAGUCCUUGCUUAUAUGUACACCAUUGAAUUUCAAAAGAGGGGAUUACCACAUGCCCAUAUAUUGAUAUUUCUGCAUCCUUCAAACAAAUAUCCAACACCCGAGGACAUUGACAAGAUCAUUAGUGCGAAAGUGCCCGAUCCCAUAACACACCCACGAUUGUACAAUUUGGUGAAAAAUCAUAUGGUCCAUGGUCCUUGUGGCUUGGCAAAUGUUCUCUCACCUUGCAUGAAAGAUAAUAAAUGCUCCAAGUUUUACCCCAAGAAAUUUCAACCUUCAACUAUAGUGGACCAAGAUGGUUAUCCUGUUUAUAGGAGAAGAAAUAACGGACACAGAAUUGAGAAAAACGGUGUAAUAUUUCAUAGUGGUCAUGUUGUUCCUCACAACCCAAGUUUGUUGUUGAAGUACGAAGCACACAUCAACAUGGAAUGGUGCAAUCAAAGUACUUCCAUCAAAUACCUUUUCAAAUACAUAAACAAAGGUUCUGAUCGAAUUUCCGCUGUCAUACAAGGAGAAGACAAAGACAACGUUGACGAGAUCAAGCAAUAUCUAGAUUGUCGUUACAUCUCUCCAAGUGAGGCAUGUUGGAGGAUAUUUUCUUAUUCUAUACAUGGUAGAAAGCCAGCCGUAGAGAGAUUGUAUUUACACAUGGAAGGUGAAAACUCGGUAUUCUACAAAGACUACGAGCAAGUUGGUGAUGUUUUACUCAAACCAAGUGUAACCGAGUCGAUGUUUACUUCUUGGUUUGAAGCCAACAAAACUUACGAAGAUGCUAGAUUACUAACUUAUGGUGAUUUUGUUUCUAAGUUUGUUUACCAUAAACGAAGUCGAAGUUGGAAACCAAGGAAGCGAGGAUAUACAAUUGGUCGGCUUAUUUGGGUCCCUCAAAGCACCGGUGAAUUGUUUUAUUUAAGGAUGAUGCUCACGGUAAAAAAAGGCCCUUUGUGUUACGAAGACAUCAAGACUGUGGAUGGUAAAAAACAUAAAACUUUUAGAGGAGCAUGCUUUGCGAUGGGAUUUCUACAAGAUGAUCGAGAAUUUGUCGAGGCAAUAAAAGAGGCACAUGUUUGGGGUUCCGGAGUCUUUUUACGGAAAUUAUUUGUUACUAUGUUGUUAUCCUCAUCCAUGAAUAGACCAGAGCAUGUGUGGAGGAAGACUUGGAUGUAUCUAUCGGAUGGAAUUCUUUACGAACAACGAUUAUUGGCCGGAGAUCAAGGUUUGACGCUAACCGAUGGGGAGUUAAAGGAUUUAACGUUAAUGGCUAUUGAAUCAUUGUUGCAAAACAAUAAUAAAAGUUUGAAGGACUUCAAACCAAUGCCAUAUCCAAAAGACUAUGUUGUUUCCUUUAUAGGAAAUAGGCUCCUUUAUGAAGAGCGUCAAUACAAUGUUGCCGAACAACAACAACUUUUUGUUGGAUUGUACUCUUCUCUUACCGAUGAACAAAGAGCAAUUUUUGAGGAAAUUAUGGAUUGUGUAGAAAAGCAACAAGGUGGGGUUUUUUUCUUAUAUGGCUACGGUGGAACCGGUAAGACCUUCAUGUGGAACACUUUAUCAGCAGCACUUAGGUCUAAGAAAAAAAUCGUCUUGCCGGUUGCUUCAAGUGGGAUUGCAAGUUUGUUGUUACCAGGUGGAAGAACAGCUCAUUCUAGGUUUAAGAUUCCUAUCCCUACUUUAGAAACUUCUAUCUGCAACAUAAACAAAAAAGAUCAUCUUGCUGAGCUUCUAAAGAUGACAGAUCUAAUCAUAUGGGAUGAAGCUCCUAUGGCUAACAAGUUUCGCUUUGAGUCUCUUGAUAAAUCCUUGAAAGAUAUCAUGAGUGGAAUUACACAUGCUGGUGACAGUAUAUUUGGAGGUAAGGUUGUUGUAUUUGGUGGUGACUUCAGACAAAUUCUGCCCGUUAUACCAAGAGGUACUAGAUCUGAUAUUAUCCAUGCAACAAUCAAUUCUUCUUAUAUUUGGGAUCACUGUAAAGUGUUGAGGCUUACAAAAAACAUGCGCUUGCAAACUGGUGCCACUACUUCUACUACUCAUGAUAUUAGGAGCUUUUCAGAGUGGAUUUUACAAAUUGGAGAUGGAACCAUGUGUGAGCCCAAUGAUGGGUAUGCAAGUAUUUGUAUUCCAGAAGAGUUUUUAAUUUCAAGCUUCUCCGAUCCCAUUAAGGCAAUUGUUGAGGAUACAUACCCAGAUCUCAUUCAUAACUAUCUUGAUUCCAACUACCUCCAAAGUCGUGCAAUUUUAGCUUCGACAAUUGAAGUGGUCGAUGAUAUCAACCAAUAUAUUACAAACCUUCUUCCAGGAGAAGAGAGAGAAUACUUCAGUAGUGAUUCUAUAGAUAAAUCUGAUUCAACUAACUUUGAUGCAUAUGAGCAUGUCACACCGGAGUUCCUAAAUGCCCUUAAAACUUCAGGAUUACCUAAUCAUUCAAUCAAGGUCAAAGUUGGUGCCACCAUUAUGUUGAUGCGCAAUCUUGAUCAGUCUGAAGGCUUGUGCAAUGGUACACGACUGACUGUAACUAGGCUUGCCUCUCAUGUCAUUGAAGCAAAGAUAAUUUCUGGAAAAAAUAUUGUUAACCUCAUUUAUAUUCCUAGAAUGUCUUUGUCCCCCUCACAAUCUCCAUGGCCAUUUAAAUUGGUGAGACGCCAAUUCCCUAUUAUCGUUUCCUUUGCCAUGACAAUUAACAAGUCUCAAGGGCAAUCUCUAGACUACGUGGGUUUGUAUUUGCCAAAAGAUGUUUUUAGUCAUGGUCAAUUAUAUGUGGCUAUCUCUAGAGUUAAAUCCAAAAAGGGAUUAAAGAUUCUUAUUCAUGACAAACAAAGAGAACCGAUGAAUACCACCACUAAUGUUGUGUUCAAAGAAGUGUUCCAAAACAUAUGA